UAAAAUAUAUUUUGUGUGUUUAAAAAUUGAAAAAAAUUAGUUUUUAAUAAUUGAAAAUAAGUUUAAAAUUAUUGAAAAGAAAAAGAUAAUAAAACCUGACAAAUUGCAUUUUUUAGAAGUGCUUAAAAAUAAGAAAGAAAAAGAUUUUUCUUAUUUUAUACUAACUACCAAAUUUUCUAAGACGCAUUUAGGGUUUAAAACCCUUUGAAAAAAAAAUUAUGGUUAAAAACUAUCAAGAAUGGAACGAUGCUUCGUCAUCGGAUUCCUCGGACGAAAAAGCUAAUCCAACUGCUGCUUCUCGUUCCUGCGAUCAUGUUAAGAAAGCGGUAGACUCGGCUAAACUGCGUAAAUUGUUGAAAACAACUGGCUUGGUGUUCGAGUGUAUACAGUGUCAAAAAUUGGGCGUUACCUCGCCAGCUGCUGAGGCUGCGGAAUCUCCUGAUUCUCCGGGGGCCUUUGAAUAUGACAAUACCUUGUGGUUGUGCCUGAAAUGUGGCACUCAGUUGUGUGGUCGUUCCAAAAAUCAACAUGCUUUAAAACAUUUUAAGACUCCUCAUUCAGAUUCCCAUGCGUUGACCAUGAAUACUCGCUCUUUUGAAAUCUGGUGUUAUGAAUGUGAUAAUGAAGUUAAAGCGGACUCCCGUAAAAAUCUAUUAGAAUGUGUUGAAUUUGUUAAGGGUUUGGCUCAAAAACCACCCGUAGCUACAGCAGCAAUGGAUAAUAUAGAAAGUAAAAUUCUAAAUACAUUAGAGUCAAUGAAACCUCUAUUGGGCCCUGAGGACUCGACAGCUAAUAGCUCCUCUACAACUGGCAAUAAAUCUGCCAUUCCCUUGCCACCGCCUCCAUUACCACCAAUACCUGGUAUGGCUAAACGUGUUAAUGAGCCUUUGGUUACCUACAGCAACUACAAUAGUAUGCCAGUUUUAUCUACAGGCUCGGCAAAUGCUGGAACAAAACCGGCGGUGGCCGAGCCAUUGCCACGCGUUAGAGGUUUAACUAAUUUGGGUAAUACAUGUUUCUUUAAUGCUGUUAUGCAGUGUUUGGCUCAAACGCCUUAUUUGUUGGAUGUUUUGAAAGAGUCUGCCGAAGCUGGUGAAGAAUUUACUUUGCCUGGUGGUACUUUUAAGUCCAAGGAUGAGGAAGUUUUGGAUUUGCCAGCCAUUAAGGGAACUUUAUCCGCCUGGGGAGGUUUGACUGCUGCCUUGGCUCAAACUUUAGAAGAGCUGCAAUCGGGUGGCGGUGUAUUUAAUCCCAGCAAACUUUUCUACAAGUUGUGUGCUAAAUGUCCUCAAUUCCAAGGAGGCGAUCAACAUGAUUCUCAUGAACUGUUAAGACAUUUAUUGGAAAGUGUGCGCUCUGAAGAUUUAAAACGUUACCAACGCGUUAUUUUGCAAAAUCUGGGCUACAAAGAUCAAGACAUCAAUUCAGUUUCCGAAGACAUGAAACAAAAAUGUAAAAUUUAUGGCAAUCAAGCGGCCGAUCGUAUCUUACGUCCCGAACAAGUCUUUCGCGGUUUUCUUGUUUCAACACUGACUUGCCAAGACUGCUACAAUGUCAGUUCGAGGCAUGAGUAUUUCCUGGACAUGUCACUUCCUGUAAGUGUUGAAAAAUCGCAGCCACCGCAAAUACGGCGAAAAACUUCACCCGACAAUGCAAAUUCGUUCUAUCUACAUCCGGCGCCCGCCAAUUCUUCACCUAUCGGCCCUACAAAGGCUCAAUUGAAGAAGGAUCAGAAGAAGGAGCGCAAGGCCAAGCGUGUGGCUAAGCAUCAGCACACUAAACUUGUGCAAAAACAAUUGCUAACUGAUAUAACUGGGGGUGAUGGUGGCGGCGGUGCUGGUGAUGCUAAAGCUGCUGACAACGAGGCUGGAACAGCUGGUUUAAUUGGUUGCGCCACCCGUGAAGAGGCUGGUAGUCAAAAUGCGACCACUUGGUCAAAUUCUUCCUCGUCCGCUGAACAAUCCGAUGCUGAUGUUGAAGAUAAUCUUGUGGAUGACAAUGAGAAAUGUUCAAAACCAUUAAAUACCUCAAGUAGUUUAACAACAAAUGGCUCAACUAACGAUGCAAAUGGUAAUAAUAAUCAGGUGGCCACUAGUCCGGUGGAGAAACGAGGUGAUUCACCGGAAAAUAUGGACAAAGAUUCCUUAGAUGAGGAUGAGAAUGACUCUGGCAUAGCCACUAGUCCUGCCAAUGCUGGUGCCAGCUUUCCUCCUUCUUCCGCCUCGAAUUCAGAAACCAACGGAGAUACUAUUGCCGCAGAGGCAGCAGGCACAAACAGUGUUUUAUCACUGGGCCUCAGUGAGAAAGGAGCCAACAUUGUACGCCAAUUAACCCUUAAUGAUAUAAACACCACAACCAACACCACUACCUCGUCCAACUCAACGAAUGACGCCGUCCCUGUUUUAACCAACGGUGAGGUAAAACCCAUUGACAACGAAGAUCAAGUCGCACAGACUCUCAAUCAAAUGAAUUUGACCCAUGAUAAUGAAGACAAAUUGGAAGAACAGAAAAAGGCGGCCCGUGCUAAAGCGAAACGUGUACGUACUCAAAGUUAUUCCGACUGGAGUACCACCAUUGCACCUCGCUAUCAGUGCGAAGAUGGUGAGUGUUCGGUGCAAUCGUGCCUAAACAAUUUCACAGCCGUUGAACUGAUGACGGGCAACAAUAAAGUUGGUUGCGAGUCCUGCACUAAGCGUAUUAAUGGUGAAGAUCCUAAAGCUAAAACCGUUAAUACCAAUGCCACCAAACAGUUCCUGAUCUCUAGUCCGCCUGCUGUUAUGAUACUUCACUUGAAACGUUUCCAAUUGGGACCACGUUGCUUGUUCCGCAAAUUGACGCGUCCCGUCAACUUUCCCAUGAUACUCGAUAUUGCUCCCUUCUGCGGUUCGAAAGUUAAAAAUCUACCCAACAUUGAUCGCAAACAAAAGAAACUCUUGUAUGCCCUGUACGGUGUGGUUGAACAUUCGGGUAACAUGUAUGGAGGCCAUUAUACAGCCUAUGUUAAGGUACGCUCCAAGCUAAACACUGACGAUAAACGUUGGAAAUUCAUACCACAAGGUAGUAAAGCCGAACUAGAUCAAGAUGAUGAGCAGCGCAAAAAGUUGGAUGAACUGUUGGCGCGCGAAAAGGCACGAGAUUUACGCAUGAAAGCUGCUAAUGACAGUGAUGAUUUCUCUAAUUCAUGCUCUAGUUCUGACUCUUCAAACACAUCCUCCUCAUCCGAGCCAGAAGAUUCAUCCUCAACUCCCCAAUCACCGGCUCACGAUUCGACAGCUGGUGCUGCGGGUGGUUACGAAGAAGCCAGCAAUGUACAAAUGCCAUUGGGUAAAUGGUAUUAUGUUUCUGAUUCUCGUGUAACGGAUGCUAGUGAAAGUGAAGUUUUGAAUGCUCAAGCAUAUCUACUAUUCUAUGAACGUAUUUAUUAAAUGAAAACUAUAAGAAUAACAAACAACAGCAGAACAGCAGUAACAAUUAAACAACAAUAACAAGACAGAGAGACAGACACUAUUUUUUAUGGAAAUUUCUCUCCCUCUUAAACGACACGAGAGAAUUUUCGUCUAUUUUUAGGUUAUCACAAUGGCCACACCAAACUUGAUGAUGAAUAUUAAUUGUAAUCUACCCUACUAUUAUUCCUUCUACUAUUUACUCCUCUUUAAGCGAAGUCCUUGCUUUACUUACUUACUUUUAUUAAAUCAUGUUGUGACAUUUUAUUUGUUUUAAUUUUAUUACUCCUACAAAACGACAUUUAUAAAGCAUUUUUUAUUUUGGUAAAAACAAAAUGAUUUUUUAAAAAUCUUUAAUUUUGUUUAAACAAAUUUACUCUAGCUUGCCUAUUUUCUCGCUUUUAUAUGAUUUUAAAUGCAUUUUUCUGCUCUCCCUUUCAAAUAUUUGCAUAUAAUUUAAAUUUAUUUUAAAAAGUAAAUUGGUUUUAACCAUUACAUUCAAAUUUACAUUGAUUGUUCUUAUCAGAUAGAUUAUAUCCCUUAACUUUUCAUUUUUAUUAUUAUUAUUCUAUGUUUUUACUCUCCCUCCCCUCCCCCUCUAUAUAUUUUUAUUACAUUUGCUUUUAGUUAUUUAAAGUUUUAUUUGAAAUGAAAUGCUUAUUGUUUUGUUAAAAAUUUAAGUAAAACAUAAAUAUUUUUAUAAUUUUUAAAAGAAAAAAACAAAAAAAAGAAACCAUCAACAAAAUAUUAAAUAAAUCUAUUAAUUAAUAAAAUAAGCCGCUUUUAACUAUUUAAUCCAUUUGCCCUUUAAACUUCUAAAUAAUUAUUUAUAUAAAUACAUAUUUAAAGAAAAUAUUAGUAAUUUUAUUUUUAACUUUAAUUUGAGAAUGUUACCCCCUUCUCCUAUUUAAGCUUGUAAGAAAAGAAAAAAACGUUUUCUGCAAAAUUAUUAAAACAAAAAAAAAAAAAACAAAAAAAAUGGAAUUAAAAUAUUUUUAAUUUUACAUUAUACACUAAAUAAUUAUUGCAUAUAAACAUAAUUAUAAAAAAAUAAGAAGGAAUUUAGUUUUUAAAAUGAUGAUGCGUAAACAAGUUAAAAUAAAAUUAAGAUUUAAAAGUUAAACAAA